AUGGAAACCCACAACUAUCGCCACAAGAAGUUCGACGUGGCCCGCCAAAAGCCCCAGGAAGCCCACACAGCUAUGGAUUUGGCCGCACUUCGGGUUAAAGAGGAACUGCUCUCAGGGAACACCAGCUCUCGCAGCUACAAUAGCAGCCGGGAUGAGGAGUCCAGCAGCUGUUCCAGUGACUAUAGUCUGAUCUUCAGCCGGAAGCGUACGGAGCGGGACUCGGAGGUCUUGGUCUGCAGCACCCCAUUGCCAAAGCGUCGUCGUCAUGCGCUUGGCGAAGACAGCGGCGUAGCCACUACGGAGUCCAGCGAGUCAUCAUCUUCCUCCUCCCUGCCAUCGCCCUCGAGCAGCGAACUGCCCAAAAUAAGCGCCGACACACUGCGAGACAUUUGCAAAUACCAUGGCAACAUGGUGCGCAAGUUUCCCAAGAAGGACCGCACCCCCAAGGAUCAGGAGCGACGUAACAAGAACACCAUUGCCUGCCGCAUGAGUCGGCGCGUCAAGAAGCUCGAGCAUUUAGCCAUUGAGGAGCAAUACAAGCACUUUAGUGCCGAGCACCUGAAAAUCGUCGAGCAGAGCAUGCGUGCCACAGCAUACUUCAAUCAUCUCAAUGAAUUGUCGAAGCUGGAGUCAACAAAGGCUCUUAAAGGUGCGUCAGCAACGACAACAAAGAACUUCAGCAUAGACUAUUUAAUGAGCGGGAUCAAGCCCGAAUAG